CAUCCCAUCUCAUCCACUUCCCAAAUCUCCCAACCAAACCAAUCACAAGUAGCACCUCGCCGAAGCUCCGCUCCCCACCCACCAAUGGCGCGCACCAAGCAAACCGCGCGCAAGUCGACCGGCGGCAAGGCGCCGCGGAAGCAGCUAGCCACCAAGGCGGCGCGCAAGUCGGCGCCGGCCACGGGCGGCGUGAAGAAGCCGCACCGCUUCCGCCCCGGCACCGUCGCGCUCCGCGAGAUCCGCAAGUACCAGAAGAGCACGGAGCUGCUCAUCCGCAAGCUGCCCUUCCAGCGCCUCGUGCGCGAGAUCGCGCAGGACUUCAAGACGGACCUGCGGUUCCAGAGCUCCGCCGUGUCGGCCCUGCAGGAGGCCGCCGAGGCGUACCUGGUGGGGCUGUUUGAGGACACCAACCUCUGCGCCAUCCACGCCAAGCGCGUCACCAUCAUGCCCAAGGACAUCCAGCUCGCCCGCCGCAUCCGGGGCGAGAGGGCCUAGGUUCCGUGGACGUGCCUGUGUUGUCAGGAGGAGUAAUCUCGUGCGUAGUGUUCAGGUUGGGGGUGUUGAUCUGUGAAUGUAAUUUAUUCAGUCGUCGUAUCUGCUCUUGUUGUGGUCCUGUCGUCAUAUGUAGCCCCUUGUUGCGAUGAAAUGGCAAUGAAAAAGUGCAGUUAUCCUCA